AUGUUUGAACCGUGCCUGACGGACAUCGAAAUAAUCCUCGCGUCCACGGACUGCGUGUUCAAAAUCAACGACACCGUCCGCGGGGAAAUUUUAAUCAAAGUUCACCGCGAGGACGCGCCGUUGCAUCACAACGGGAUCGCGUUAUCCGCAGUCGGGUCGGUUCGUUUGCAACUCAGCGAGAAAGACUCGUCGUUGUUAGACCAACUGUUCGCGACCGUGGACCCGAUUGAAAUGAUGGACGCGUGCUUGGAACUGAAACCACCGGGGAAGUUACCGAUUGGAACGCACGCGAUACCGUUCGCGUUCGCGCUGAGCCCGACUGUGUUUCAUCGGUCCACGUAUUACGACGGGUAUCGAGCGGUUUCAGGUGGGAGCGGGUCGCACAAGCUCUGCGAGACGUUUCACGGGCAAAACGUGCAGGUGGUGUACGGCGUGGAGGUGGAAAUUAUGCGGCCGUUACUCAGCGGAGGGUCGAUUUCGACCGGAAUGUGCGAGUUUCUGGUCGAAUCCAGAGCGGAGGAGGAAGGGGUGAAGCGAGUGGAGCAGUCGAUGCCGAGGAAAUUCGCGUUGGAGAGGUUCGACGAGACGGAGGAGGAUUUGAAAACGAAGAAGAAAAAGAGCACGUCAAAGGAGGAGGAGAAUAGCAGCGAUGGUGGAAAUGCAAACUUAAAAGAGUUUGAAAUACGCGGCGAGCUUUCCAAGACGUCUUAUUUUAUCGAAGAACCGAUCGAAGGAUUCGUGGAAAUCGUCUCGCACCCGCGAAAUCGGAAAAACCAACUGAAGAAAAUCGAAGUUGAACUCGAACGCGUGGAAACUGUUAUUUCCGCCGAAGGAACGAGGUCGACGGAAUCUUCUGCGGUCCAGUUUACGCAAAUCGUCGACGACGGCGCCGAUGUCAGCGAGAACGUUCGCGUGCCUAUUCACGUGACGUUUCCGAGACUGUACGCGUGUCCGUCGGUGGCGCACGCGACGUUUAGCGUCGGAUUCGCGGCGAAAAUCAUAGCCACGUUCGAUGACGGCGUCGACGACGAAGAGGACGGCAGCAGCAAUGCGUAUAAUAACAGCAAAACAACGUUCAAGAAAAAAAGUAAGAAGAAAAAAGAGCGAACGAGCUCGAUAUCGAUUCCUAUCAGCGUCCAUCGAGCGCCAGAAAAUCUUGGUUCCGGAGAGAAGACCAUACUCUGA